UCAAAGCAAGAUAGUUGUUGUUCCCAGACACGCUGAUGUAUCUGCUUCACUCGGCUCUAGAAUGUCUCUGCUCCUGGACAACAGCACUUCCCACGAACAGGCUCCUGCACACUAUGCAUCGGAAUCCAUUGGCUCUCUGGUUGUCUUCAUCCUUGUCUUCAUAAUAGGUAUCCCGGGCAAUGGUUUGGUGAUCUGGGUAGCUGGCCUGAAAAUGAAGAGAUCUGUGAACAUUGUCUGGUUCCUGAACCUUGCUGUGGCCGAUUUCAUGUGCUGCUUGUCUUUGCCAUUCUUCAUUGUGCAUCUGGUCCUCCAUGAACACUGGCCGUAUGGCUGGUUCCUCUGCAAAGUAAUUCCUUCGGUCAUCAUCUUCACCAUGUUUGCCAGUGUUCUGCUCCUCAUGGCCAUCAGCAUCGAUCGGUGCCUCCUCGUGAUGAGACCUGUCUGGUGCCAAAAUCAUCGAACGGUGAAGUUCGUGUCAGUGAUGUGCGGGGGCAUUUGGGUUCUGGCCUUCUUUUUCAGCUGCCCCGUCUUUCACUACCGUGAGACUAUCACUUACGAUGGCAAAACCGAGUGUGGGUACAGUUUUGGAGAUGAUAAAAUGCUAGAUUAUAUGGAUAACAACGGUUUUGCAAAGGAAGUCUUGGAAGAAAGCUCACCUUUAGUACCAACUGGCACCUAUGACCGCACCAUCUUCCUUCAUCGGCCUGUUGAUGAUUUUCCAGAUUUCCAAACAGAGAACACACCUACCGACAAAGACACAGGCACAGCAUCCGACAUUGGCUACCUUGCAGUACCAGCAGACAUUAACUCGCUGUUAACUUCCCGGGCCUCUCCUGACGUGAGGCUGUUGGAAUCUCCUGGUGGUCUCCCAAGUGCAGACACGUCUGCGCCAUCCGACGCUGAUCUCCCUUUAAAACCAACCCGUGGUGGUUUUCCUGAUGGUUUCCUCUAUUUUGACGUGUACAGUGGUAACGACUCACUGGGAGACUUCUACGAGGAUGAUGGCUUUCCACCUCUCCCGUUGGUGGUGAUAACCAUCACCCGGGCCGUCUUUGGCUUCCUGCUGCCCUUCGGCGUCAUGGCCGUGUGCUACGCGCUCAUUGCUUGCAGGACGCACGCCGCUCAGUUCCACAAGCAACGCAGCAAGAUGCUGCGAGUCAUCUUGCUCGUCAUCGCCGCCUUCUUCGUCUGCUGGGCUCCCUACCACGUGGUCGGGAUUCUCUCCUUUGUAUCCAUUCCUGGAACGGGACUGAGGGAGUCGUUGGUCUUCUGGGAUCAACUCUCUUCGGCAUUGGCCUACACAAACAGCUGCAUCAACCCCCUGCUUUAUGUUUUUGUGGGGAAGGACUUCAGGGCAAAGGCACGGCAAUCCCUGCAGGGAAUCCUGGAAAGUGCCUUUGUUGAGGAACCAACCCAUACAAGUCCUCACUCCCUUGAUAAAAGCAAGACAUCCGUGGAUAAGGAUGCUAGCAGCACGGUCUAAGGCAGGACUUCAUGCCGCCACUGCAGGGACCAGUAGUACCUUUCCACACACAGCUUUUGCUCUAACACAUUUAUUAACCUGCAGAGCUGCACAGGGGGUACAGAGAUGGCUCACAUGAGAAGAGCCACCCCCCUUAUAUCCUCCUCUAGAGAGAUGGGGAGCUGCAAUACUGGAAGCAAUAAGCUUUGAAGGAACACGCGGGUGAGGAAGAGGAAAGGCCCGGAGUACGUGGCUUGCAAAGCUAGUUUUGGUGGAAUCAUAUAAUUCACCCUCUGAAUUACUAGACGAUGAUACUGAAGUUAUUUGCAUGUUGCAUCUAUUGUAAAUGUUCUGUAUUUCCU